AUGUUUCGUUCAGCUACCUCUACGGUCUGCCUGCCGCUCCUACUCUUCGCCGACCUCAGCUAUGCCUGUACUCGGGUCAGUUACACCAGUGGUGAAAAAGAUGGCUCCCGCGUUGUCAUUGGCCGAACCCUGGACUGGAGUAUGCCCCCUUUCUCAUCCAUGUAUGCCUUUCCCGCCGGGUUACAGCGGAACGGUAGCGCAGGAGAGAACUCUCUGGAAUGGGUCAGCAAAUAUGGAUCGGUAAUCACUACCAUCUAUGAUAUCCUCACUAUGGAUGGUGUAAACACUGAGGGUUUGCAUGGCGGAUUCCUCUAUCUCGCCGGUACCGACUUUGGUACCAGGAAUAGCUCGCUGCCGGGAUUGUCCAUCAGCCUUUGGCUCCAGUACUUCCUUGAUAAUUAUCGCACUGUGGCCGAGGCGAAAGCUGAUCUGAUGAAUACUUCUGGCGCUCCCCGUUUCCAAGUCAGGUCUCGGGGUGUGAUUCCGGGGUUACCGACCGUGGGACAUCUGGUUCUUGGUGAUGCAUCUGGGGAUAACCUGGUCAUGGAAUACCUGGACGGCAAGCUUCAACUGUAUCACUCCCAUGAUUAUCAAGUCAUGACGAACGAGCCACCAUACGAUGAGCAGCUUAUGAUUCAACGAUACUUGAAAACCAUGGCAAACACCACCCUUCCGGGGACCCCCAGCCCCAUAGAUCGCUUUGCACGAAUGGCAGAUAAUCUACGGCAGGCGCCUGUGGCCUCCACCAUGACGGAAGCUAUAACCAUCGUCCAAAGCCUCCUCAGGACCAUCAGCACCACUCUGCGAAGCCAAACUGCCUCGGUGUCGAAUGCAGCCACAGUCUCGAGGACCAUGGCCGAUACGAAAGAUGGCCGAUAUUUCUUUGAGAGCGCCACUGACCCUGUCUCCCUGUGGGUUAGUCUUAACGCCUUAGACCUAAGCCCUCGUGGCACGGUGAAAAAACUGUCAUUGGAUCCACGGAACGGCACUGGGCUCGCUGGCAGACAUGGAGAGGCGACACAUGAGUUUGUGGAUGCAGAGCCGUAUGUUCCUCUGCUUGCGAAUUCGGAAAAGGGGGACGGCACAGGUGGUUCUGGACCCGUAACUCUUCCGGGUAUUGGGACCUUUCCUCCAUCUUAGGUCGAUUAUAUUGUACAGGGAAUGUUAGGGAACCUGCAAAGGGCCUGAAAUCAAUUUCAAGACGGGAC